UUCCUAUUGGCUCCAGUGCUGACAGCCGCAAGAGCAAAACACCACACAACAGCAACAACCCCUCCUUCUGCACAAAGAUAAGCAAACACCUUUACAGAAGGUAUGAUAGGCUAUUAGUUACAGCGCGAGCAGGAGCAGCCUGACACUUUGCCGCAGUCAUGUUUGAUUUAAACUUAAAGGGAGGCUGGAAUCUCUCGUUCGCUGGAUGCGGCUUUUUAGGGGUCUAUCACAUCGGUGUCGCGAGCUGUCUUCUGGAGCAAGCGCCUUAUCUGAUCCGCGGGGCCACUAAGAUCUACGGAGCCUCCGCAGGGGCUCUCACUGCAUCCGUGCUCGCUACCGAGGCAUGUUUAGAGAAAUGUUGUGAAGACGUAAUCAAUGUUGCCAAGGAGGCACGGAAGCGUAAUCUGGGCCCUUUGCACCCAACAUUCAACAUAGUCAAGGUGAUACGUGGAGGCCUGUAUCGGGACCUGCCGUCUAAUGCACACACGCUGGCCUCUAGUCGACUGUGUGUGUCCCUCACACGCGUCAUGGACGGCCAAAACGUACUGGUGUCGGACUUCAGCUCCAAAGAUGAACUCAUCCAGGCUCUUAUUUGCAGCUGUUUCAUUCCUGUAUAUUGUGGUUUAAUUCCUCCUGCCUUCCGUGGUGUGCGUUAUGUGGAUGGUGGGAUGAGUGAUAAUCUGCCCCAGUCCGAGCUGAAGAACACCAUCACCAUUUCUCCAUUCUCAGGAGAGAGUGACAUCUGUCCAAAAGACAAUUCCACCAGCUUCCACGAACUGCGUUUCACAAACACCAGCAUACAAGUCAAUCUAGACAACAUGUACAGACUGAGCAAAGCACUGUUUCCCCCAGAGCCUAAAGUGCUGGCAGAAAUGUGUCAAAGCGGGUAUAAAGACGCCCUCCGAUUUCUCCAGGAAAACAAUUUGCUACAGGCGGCAUGUCCAAGAGCAGACGUGGCUUUGAUUCAGACCACGCCCACCUGCUGCUGUCCAGGCAAUAGGAAUUCAGUCGUGACGGAAACCACAAAAGAGUGGGUGCUGCGGAGACUCCGCCUCUUGAGAAAACACCACUGGUGGUUGGACGAACAACUUGUCAAUAACCUGCCAACCCCCAUUAAGAAAGUUUUUUGCGAUGCCUGCAGAGAAAAGCAUGGCCUGCUGGCACAAGUGUCUGGUUUCCUACCGUUACGUGUAGCGUCCUACAUGCUGAUGCCGUACACGCUGCCUGUGGAAUCAGCGUACUCUGCAGCUCAGAGGUUUUGGGAAUGGAUCCCAGAAGUCCCUGCAGAUGUGCGCUGGCUUGCUGAGGUAGCAGGUGGUGUUUAUAGACUGGCAUGGAAAGGUGCAGCAUCAGAAACAAGCAGGUAAAAUCCCUCAGGAAUUAUUGAAGGCGACUAUUAAAGGAGUAGUGAACUAAAAAUUUAAAUAUGCUGAAAAUGUACUCUGCCUCAGGCCAUCCAAGAUUUAG